AUGUAUGUACCAGAUUCUAAACCUGAAAGAAGAUACUCACUUACAGCAAUUGUGAUAUUCGUUGCAACUUGCAUUGCUGCUGGUGGGUGGGAUAUAUUUUGGCAUUCAUCAAUCCAUGCUUCGGAAAUUGAUUAUAAAGUUCUACAAACAUUUAAAAACCAAAUGAAAGAGCUCAGGAACACCUAUCCAAGUCAAGAUACAAUAGUGUGGAACAGAAUCCAAGGUACUUUCAAGAAACGUCUAAAUUCUUCUCACCCUCAUUUGGAACCAGCUACUUUAUUACUCGCUGCUUCAAAAGAAGCUGAAGAUGUGUUGAAGUGUUUAAGCAACCAGAUUGCUGAUGCUUUCUCAUCUUCUCAAGGUGCGCUUACAAUUAAAAUUGAUGGGGCCAGCACAAGAGCUCAAGAUAGUGACGCGGUCAAACUUACUGUUGAUAAAAAACUAAGCUCUGGUUUUGAGAAUGGUAACAAAGCAGCGGUAGUCCAUCGGUUUGACUCAUUACCCGCAGGUUCCACCCUGAUUUUUUACAAGUACUGUGAUCAUGAAAAUGCAGCAUUUAAAGAUGUGGCUUUACUAUUAACCGUUCUUCUGGGUGGGGAGUCCCUAAACAAGAGCUUUUCCUUGUUGGAAGUUGAGGAGAGAGUGAAAGAUUUUCUCUGGGCUAAAUUUACUAACUCAGACACACCAAAGUCUUAUAACUACAUGGACACAGACAAGUUGAGUGGCUUGUGGAGUCGCAUAGCCCAUCUAGUCUUACCUAUAUGGCCAGAAAAUUCGUUCCCUCGAGAGAAAUGCUUGCAGAUGAAAUAAGAAGAGGGAGCAAGAAGAAAACACAUUGCAACACGAUAUGUAUUGUAUAAAUCUGUGAAUGUUUAUAUAGUGAGAAAAUGGCAAUUUACUAAU